CAUGGCUGGAGAAACAAAAGGACCAGUGAAUGUUCUGUACGUCUUAAAAUGCACAGGGACGCCAAAUUUUGAAAAGAUUGUUGAAAAACUGCAUAAAGCUGUAAAAUACGAAACGAAAGUAAUGUCCGGUGGUGAGAUUGAAACUUCGUACAGACCGUUUAGGAAGCUCGGCUACGUCAUUGUUGAAAAGUUCGGGGUGUUCUGUUGGAAAGUCGAUCAUAAUUUUCGUGCAGAAAAGCAUGUGGUGAUGGAUAAUGUGCAGAAAAAUUUUGACGUGGCGAUUCAGGAGAGAUGUGAGAAGUUGUUAAACACUUUUCAUGCAAAUCACCAGCCACAAUGGGAAAUGCAUAUUAUGCAUCGGAAUGAGUCAAACGAAUAUGCUGUCAUUUGGAGUGUUCAUCAUUCUUAUGGAGAUGCAACUAUUUUCACACAAGUAAUCCGGUACGCUUUGGCAGAUGAGCCGUUUUCAAUAAAGAUAAACCCAUUAGAGUGGAACAGAAAAAAUCAGAAUUUCUGCAGCAAAAUUAUGAAUAAGAUUGAAACACUUCUACUUUGUACCAUUGGUUCUGGAGGGUUUGCUGCCGUUUACGCUCAGUGUUUGCGGCAAUCACAUUUGGGAGAGAAUGCCCUAACCGAAAGCCGAGGAAAGAAUCACUGCCGUACUGUGAAAUUGAAUUUAGCUGAUUUGAAGACCACACAACGAAAAUUAAGUAAAGAGUCUCCCAUACGUUUAGUAUCGCUUCUGUACGCAUACGUAUCACCAGCAUUUGAGCGAGCUAUCAGUUCAUCGAAAUUGAAAAAACCAUCAAAAAUAUUGGCAAGUACAGUUGAAGCUAACUAUCCGUAUAACAGUUUGGAACUUUGUGUCAACGUAUACACGCUAUGGUUCGACUUACCGUUGAAUAUCAAACCUCUUCAGGAGCGACUUCGGGUCAUUGAUACACGUAUAAGAAAUGUUAUGGAUCACCUAGGAACGAGUUUUUUCAAAAUUGGAACUGAUCUGUUAGGAUCCGUCAUUUCUCCAGUAGCACGAUUGCUUGAAAAGUCGGGAUCACUAACUCAAACCACAUACAUUUCGAAUAUCGUUGGUCCUUACAAUUAUUUUACUAUUUUCGGAGGUGAUUCAGUCACCUCCAUGUAUGUGUACAGCCCGAUUUCUAUAGAAGAAGUUGUCACUAUCGUUGCAUAUACUUAUGGUAGCGAAAUAACAUUAGCAAUGGUGACGCCAGAUAGAGUAAUAAGAAAAUUGCCAGGAUUUUUGGACGAUUUCGUCGCUGGGAUCAAGGAUGAGAUGGGUAAGUAUAUUGAGUUAAGCAAAACAAGGUGAUCCGCACAUAAUUCAUCAACAUUAACUAUACUAUGUGUAACAUCCAAAAGUGGUCACGAUCGUAGUUAAAUUAUUGGCAUCUAUUUUUUUGUCAGCAAAUUUAUUCUUUUAGUAGCAAAAUUAUUUAUUUCAUCAGCAAAUUUAUUCUUUUUAGCAGCAAAUUUAAUCUUUUUUAUCAGCAAAUUUAGUGUUUUGUAUCAGCAAAAUUAGUCUUAUUUUCAGCAAACUUAUUAGUACUCGAACAGCAUAUUUAUUGCUUUCUGAGCAGCAAUAUUACUGACUUUAAGCAGCAAAA